UGUCACCCAGGAAAUGGUUUCUCGGGUGGCGGUUUGAACGAGAGACGACGUGCGAAGCUUGUGGGGUACCGAACCAUCACUCAACUUGGAUGAGCGACAUAAGUAGGCGCGCUGUUGGUUGCUUCUCGUUGGCCGUGACGCCCAAUCUUAUGAUGCAUAUACGGCCAUGGCAUCGCAACCUUAGCCCUAUCGUUUCUUUCACCGCUCCAUGGAGAUUCGCAGCGUCGAAGACGAGCAGCAGCCGUCGGCCGUCACCACAAAGGGAGGGCCCCCCAACGCCGCACUGCAUCAAGGGAACGAUGGCGUCGUUGAGAUCGAGAUUGAACAGGAUGAUUCGGGCACUUGUGGCUAUGGCCCUCUUCCUAUAUUUCUCAAGUUUGAGGAUGUGGAGUAUAAAAUUAAUGGGAGUUCAAGGAACCCUGUGAAAGCUACAAUUGCCGGUGUAGCCUCCUGGCUGAGGAUGGAGCAAGGAAACUGCAAGCACAUACUGAAAGGCAUAACUGGAAGUGUUGGCCCUGGUCAAAUCCUUGCUAUGAUGGGGCCUUCAGGAAGUGGCAAGACCACCCUGCUAAAAUUACUUGGUGGUAGGUUGGAUGGGGACAUCAGAGGGAAGGUUACUUACAAUGACACUCCUUAUGGCCCCUCUCUCAAGAGGAGGAUUGGAUUUGUUGCACAGGAUGAUGUGCUGUUUCCUCAACUUACAGUGGAGGAAACCCUUGUCUUUGCAGCAUUCUUGAGGCUUCCCACAGAGAUGAGUCGCAAGGACAAGUACUUGAGGGCGGAUAGGAUCAUAAAAGAGCUAAGUUUAGAGAGAUGCCGACACACCAGAGUGGGUGGUGUUCUUGUGAAAGGCAUUUCAGGAGGAGAAAGAAAAAGGACCAGUAUAGGUUAUGAGAUCCUGGUCGAUCCUUCAUUGUUGUUUCUUGAUGAACCCACUUCAGGCCUGGAUUCCACCUCUGCAAGCAAGCUCCUUAUAAUUCUUGGAAACCUGGCAAAGGUAGGGCGAACAGUUAUCAUGACCAUCCAUCAGCCAUCUAGCAGGAUAUUCUACAUGUUUGAUAAGCUUUUGUUGAUAUCUGAGGGUCAAACCAUAUACCAUGGUAAUGCCAGGGAGUCCAUGCAUUAUUUCUCGUCCCUGGGUUUUGUGCCUGAGAUGGCCAUGAGUCCUGCAGAGUUCCUGCUAGAUAUAGCGACCGGACAUGUCAAAGACAUCAGCAUCCCUGAAACUUUGCAAGGUUCAACAAAUAUGCAGGAGAUCGAGGUGAAAGUAAUUAAGUUUCUGCAAUGCAAAUAUAAGACAGAUUUGGAACCUAGAGAAAAAGAAGGGAACUAUCAUUCAGUAAAAGCACCCAUGAAGCUUCAACUAUCAAUUCAAAUUAAAAAGGAUUGGACUUCGAAUUGGGUGGAGCAGUUCAUUAUUCUAUCAAAGAGGACAUUUAGGGAGAGAAGCAGAGAUUACUUAGACAAGCUAAGAUUUUCACAAACAGUUGGAGUGGCUGUUUUAUUAGGCCUUCUAUGGUGGAAAUCUAAUAUAGGAACUGAAGCUCAAUUAAGAGAUCAGGUUGGCCUAAUGUUCUAUAUCUGUAUAUUCUGGACAUCAUCAUCAUUAAUUGGAGCAGUAUAUGUCUUCCCUUUCGAAAAGUCCUACUUGGUGAAAGAAAGAAAAGCUGAUAUGUAUAGAUUUAGUGUUUAUUAUGUGAGUAGCACUCUCUGUGACAUGAUCAUCAAUAUUGCGUAUCCCAUCAUUUUUAUGGUCAUCCUGUACUUCAUGGUUGACCUCAGAAGAACGACGCCUUGUUUUCUCUUGACGUCCUUUGCAAUUAUGUUGAUCGUCAUCACGAGCCAGGGAAUGGGGGAGUUAAUUGGUGCAGCAAUGUUAAGUGUCAAACGAGCUGGGUUGAUGGCAUCAUUGGUUCUAAUGUUGGUUCUCCUCACUGGUGGAUAUUAUGUGCAGCAUAUUCCCAAGUUCAUGAUAUGGCUGAAGCACAUAUCAUUCAUUCACUAUGGCUUUAGACUCGUGCUGAAAGCACAAUACUCACAACACAUAGUGUAUGAUUGCCAAAGUAAAGGUGGAUGUAAACACUUACAGAGCUCACCAACAUUUGAUACUAUAGACUUGAGCAGCCGAUUACAGGAAGUCUGGAUUCUCUUGGCCAUGGCUCUUUCUUUCCGAAUACUUGCUUAUUUUGCUCUCCAGAGAAGAAUAAACAUGACUCCUUUUUAAGUUUGGAGUUUUGUAAAAGAGUGCAAUGCUCGCAAUUCUUGGUGUAUGACCACCAAAAUAAAUGUGGACGUAAACACUUAUGGAGCUCACCAAUGUUUGAUACUAUAGAGUUAAGUGGCCGAUUACAAUAAGUCUGGAUUCUCUUUGCCAAGGCUCUUACUGACUGAUCGCUUGCUUAUUUCACUCUUCAACGAAGAAUAAACAUUACUCUUCUUUGAUUUUGGUCUUGAUAAAAGCACAAUACUCUUGAUACUUGGUGUAUGAUUGCCAAAAGAAAGGCUGAUGUAAAAGCUUACAGGUGCUCACCAACAUCUGAUACUAUCGACUUGAGCAGCUGAUCACAAAAAUCCUUGGCCAGGAUACUUGUUGAUUGCUUACUUAUUGUGCUCUUCAGUGGAGAAUAAACAUUUCUCCUGUUUGAUUUCAGACACACACUUAAUCUGAUUGAUUGGUGUAUGAUUGCUAAAGUCAAGGCGGCUGUAAACACUUGGAAAGCUCACCAACAUUUAAUACUAUGGAGUUGAGCAGCCUGACUACAAGAAAUCUGGAAUCUCUCAGCCACAACUCUUAUUGAUUGCUUUCUUAUUUCCAUCCUUCAACGAAGUACAAAAGUUACUAAUUGAUUUCAGACUCUUCAUCUCAUUACCUGGUGAAUUGAUUGCCAAUGUAAAGGUUAAUGUAGACACUUCAUCUUUUUCUGGUAA